AUGGCAGAAUAUGUGGCUUGCAUCCUGGGCCUUAGGAUGGCGUUGGACAUGGAUAGCAAUGACCUGUUGGUUAUAGGAGACUCCGAUCUGCUGAUCCACCAAGUACAGGGUGAGUGGGCCACCAAGAAUGACAAGAUCUUGCCCUACGUGAACCUGGCACAGAGGUUAUGCAAAAGGUUCAAAAAAGUCGAAUUCAGGCAUACUCCAAGAGCUCAGAACGAGUUUUCUGACGCUUUGGCCACAAUAGCAUCAAUCAUUCAGCAUCCGAAAAGCAGUCGCAUUGACCCGCUAGAAAUAACUCUGAGAGAAGAGCACGCUAACUGUUCCCAUGUGGAAGCAGAACCAGAUGACAAACCACGGUACAAUGACAUCAAGUUGUAUUUGAAAAAGUGGGAGUAUCCCGAAGUAAUACCUGCUGAGGUUGAGAUACCAUCGUCGAGGAUCAUUCAAGAAGCUGAAUUGGACAAUGCGGAAUGGGUCCAAGCUCGAUAUGAGCAACUGGCUUUAAUUGAUGAAAAAGGGAUAGUUAUGGAAUGGGCAUCCUCUAAAGUAUACCCCCAGGUUUCUGAUGCUCAUCCUUCACCUGUUGGCAGUUCAAACACUGAGCAACAAACUCCACUAUAUCAUGCUUUAUCCUAG